AAAGCGUCCCCGAACGGGGUGGCCGGCAGCCUGGGCCCUCCGGUUUGGAAAACCAGGGGGAUGAACAGCGAGGCGAGCGUGGAGCUUGGAGUCGCUGGGGACAUGUCCUGCUGUCACGCGUGGCCUUUCUCGUAGGCUGUAAGGCUCAGGGCUGCAGGGGCUGCGAGACAGCUGUGUGUAACCUGCAGUGAAAAAGCCCCACAGGCGCUCAUCCGCGGGCUGGGAAGAGGGUCCUGCUUAGCCUCCGUCUUUCACGGAGAAUGCAAAGGGCACGGCCAUGGCCAUGGAAAAGAAACCGCUUUUUGUUAGGAGGGAGUUUCCUCCCAGGGAGAUGUCAUCCACCUCCUUGGUCUUACUGCUUGCGGCCGUCCUCCUCCUUAAUACCUUUCUCUACCUGUACCUGAACAAGUUUUACAUCUCUUCGGGACGUGCCGAAACAGACCCUGGCCUCUGCCCUUUCGGGUACUUCAAAUUGGGAACGGUGAAGAAUUGUUCCCCGUGGCUCUCCUGUGAAGCCAUAAAUAGGGAAGUCAGGAAACUCAAGUGUGUUGGUGAAGGUGCCGUGAAAAAGGUCUUCCUUUCUGAGUGGAAGGAAAACAAAGUGGUCCUUUCACAGCUUACCAACUCAGAGCUGAAGGAGGACUUUCUCCAUGGACUGAAGAUGCUGAGAGCACUUCAAAGCAAGUACGUUGUCCGUCUGCUUGGCUACUGUGAGCAGCAGUUCACAAUUCUCACCGAGUACCAUCCUCUAGGCUCCCUGAGGGGCCUGAAUGAGACUCUCCACAUCCCCAAGUACAAGGCCAUUAAUACCUGGCACCGCAGGUUGAUGCUUGCUAUGGACUAUGUGAGUGUCAUUCAGUACCUGCACAGCAGCCCUCUGGGCACCUUUGUGAUGUGUGACUCAAAUGACCUGGAUAAGGUCCUCUCUCAGUAUCUUCUGACGAGUGACUUUCACAUCCUGGUGAAUGAUUUGGAUGCUUUGCCUCUAGUGAACAGAAGUGCUGGCAGGCUGGUGAAGUGUGGUCACCGGGAGCUCCAGGGUGAGUUUGUGGCUCCUGAGCAACGAUGGCCCUAUGGAGAAGAGGUGCCAUUUGAGGAUGACCUCAUGCCUCCCUAUGAUGAGAAAACAGACAUCUGGAAAAUCCCUGAUGUCACCAAUUUUUUCUUGGGCCACGUUGAAGGAAGUGACAUUGUGCGGCUGCAUUUGUUUGACAUCCAUGCAGCAUGCAAGAAGAAGAACCCAGCUGAAAGGCCUUCUGCCCAGGAGAUCUUGGACACCUACAGGAAAGUCUUGACUCUGCUUAUUCGGGAGGCAGCCCUGCCUGGCACUAGGGAAAUGUUAUAGUGAGUCAUGAGACAAACAACAUAUGACAGUUGAUGUCUUCCCUAUUUAUCUAGCUUGCAAAAGGGCAACAUCUCUGUCCCCAAACAUAAGAAGAGAAGAACAACUGAACUUGUAAGUUUUGAUUUUAAAAAAUCAUGUGUGCCCAAUGUUGGAGCUUUGCAAGCUUCCCAUUGGCUUGGUUCAGUCUAUUAUUGGAAAAGGAGUAGCAAGGAAACGAAGUUGUGUGAGUCCAGGACAAAACUUGUUCCUUGAGAAACAAAAUUUUACAACAUUUACACAAAACUCUCUUUAAAAAAUUACAGAAAAAGAGUUGCUAAAAGAAAUGAAGACAUCUUAAAACUGAUGGGCAGAGGACUGAAGAGCAGAGAACAUGGUGUGCCCCCCACAAGCUUUGUGGUGGUUCUUGUGACUUUGGCCUCUAUCUCAUCCACAAAGCCCUCACCCACUUCCCCAUACAGUAAAAGUAAUGGUUGCUCAGAAAGCAGUACCCAGGCCCACUUCAGAUUUUGGUGAACUCCGAUGCCGGAGCCCCAGCAGCAGUCUCUGGCUGCUGGAUGGAGGAGAGUUUGGUUCUGAAGCCAUGUGGCUAUUGU